CUGCGGCAGCUGCUUUAUCGGCCCCAAAUUUCCUGAACUCUGUUAGCGAAGAGGAACUAACUCACCGUCAACAUGGGGAAGACUCGGGGAAUGGGAGCUGCCCGCAAGCUGCGAUCCCACCGCAGGAGGCAAAGGUGGGCAGACAAGGCAUACAAAAAGUCUCACCUUGGGAAUGAGUGGAAGAAGCCUUUUGCUGGCUCAUCCCAUGCAAAGGGUAUUGUGCUUGAAAAGAUAGGGAUUGAGGCUAAGCAGCCCAACUCUGCCAUUCGUAAGUGUGCCAGGGUUCAACUUAUUAAAAAUGGGAAGAAGAUCGCUGCUUUUGUUCCAAACGAUGGUUGCUUAAACUUCAUAGAAGAGAAUGAUGAAGUAUUGAUAGCUGGAUUUGGGCGAAAAGGUCACGCCGUCGGUGAUAUUCCUGGGGUUAGGUUCAAGGUUGUGAAGGUGUCCGGUGUUUCCCUCCUGGCACUCUUCAAGGAGAAGAAGGAGAAGCCGAGGUCUUAAAUUUAUGAGACGGCUUGUGAUAGUCUUAAGAUUCAUGAGUUUUACUUUUGGUAGUAAAAAAUGAGUUUUUUUUUUGAGUUCAUGAGCUGUGUGGACAAUUUUGUAUCCCUCUUAGUCAAUUUGCUAAACUCCUUAAAUUUUGGUCGCAAACUAAUCUAUUUAGUUUGGAUCGCAUACAUUUACUUUUCGAGCGCGCUGUUUUAUUUUA